GUCGUCUGAAGUCUCAAGUCAAAAACACACGGGAAUCAACUGUUGCGAAAAUCUUUUUAACUCGACGACUUCGUCAAUCUUUUUCAUUUCUGUCAUUUUCCCGAGAAAAUAUGCAGAACCCCAACAGGACAGAGGCCGAGCGCCUCCUGGGUGUCGCCGAGAAGCUCCUCCUAUCUCGCGAUCUCAGCGGGUCGAAGGACUUCGCCGUCCUGGCCCAGGAGACCGAGCCCCUCCUCGAGGGGUCCGACCAGAUCUUGGCCAUCGUCGAGGUCCUCCUCGCCACCGAGAAGCGCGUCAACAACCACCACGACUGGUACGCCAUCCUCCAAAUCGGUCCCAGAUCCGACGAGCACGAUCUCAUCAAGCGCCAGUACCGCCGCCUCGCCCUCCUCCUCCACCCGGACAAGAACAAGUACCCCUACGCCGAUCAGGCCUUCCGCUUCGUCGCCGGCGCCUGGGCCGUCCUCUCCGAUCCCGGUAAGAAAUCCCUCUACGACAAGGAGUUCAAUUUGUUCUCCAAGGUCGAUUUGUCGGCAGCAGCGGCCGCUGCAGCGGGGGCGAAAUUGCCCGUGCGGAGGAGCGGCCAGCUGAACAGGAGCUUCGGCCAGCAGGAGCCGGUGGGUGGCAGCGGAAGCGGGCAUGGCAAGGGGAGCGAGAAACCGGCGGGAGCUGCGGCGAGGACGACGAGCUUCUGGACCGCAUGCCCGUACUGCUACGUGGUGUACGAGUACCCUGCCGUGUACGAGGAGUGUUGCUUGAGGUGCCAGAGCUGUGACAGGGCGUUCCACGCGGUGGCGAUCGGGGCGCCACCACCUGUCGUGCCUGGGAAGGAGGCGUACCACUGCUGCUGGGCGGUGUUCCCUUUAGGGUUCACGGUCGGGAAGUUCGAGGGCGGAGAUAAGGUCGGACCCAUUGAGGGCGGGCUGCCUAAUUGGUUCCCGCAGCAGUCGGCAGAUAAGAAUGCCGGGGUGGCUCCGCAGCAGCAGCCAGCUGCCGCUCCGGCGCCGAAGAAGAAGAGGGGGAGGCCGCGGAAGAACCCGUUGUAAUGCGGAGUGCGGCAAAUGUGGGUAUCCCGCUGAAGUAUAAGCAGAGUAAUUUUGCAAUGCUUCCGAUGGCCGGUUGAAUCUCGGAGUACAGUAAGAGAUCAUCAGUUUCAAAAGAUGGUUUUUUUUUCUUUUUGCGAGGAAAUUGCAAUGCUUCCGAGGAGCGUUUGAUCAGAUGUUCUGAGCAUAGAUUGAGGUAAUGGCGUCGAGAGAAACAUCAAGCAGGUUAAAUUGUUGUUGUUGUUGUUUGCUAGUUGUCUUCUCUUCUUGUUUGUAGAAUAUUUAGGCAUGUUUAUGUACACUAUCCUGCACUGCUGUCGGAUAAUGUAAACAUUGUAGCUUAAGAACUUGAUCGAUGUUCUUGAGAAGUAAGUACGACCUCUUUGGUCAUUUUGGUUAAAUCCUCUCGUGUACAAUCACAAUCAUCUUGGGUUUUGAAGUUCGCUGAUUGCUAUGU